CUACAGCGCCGGGUGAUGAGCUGGCCAGGAGGGGUCCGUGGUGGUGGUGGUGGUGGGCGGGGCGGCGGAGGCGGGGGCGGGGGCGGGUGGGCGUGGGUGUGUCCCUGCUGUCCCUGGCUGUGCCCCCAGCAAGGACCUCUGGAGCCCACAAUCUCCCCCUUCAGAAGAGAAAAACUGCUCUUUGAAUUCAACACUUUCUUUGACGUGAACCAUGACGGGCUGCUGGAGAAGAGGGACCUGGAGAUGGCGGCGCACAGGUUGUGCAAGAGGGGCGCCUGGCUCCCCGACGAUCCGAGGGCGGCGCGAGUGAACAAACUGAUGACGAACCUCUGGCUGGCCCUCCGGAGGCACGCCGACCGCAACCACGACGAGAAAGUGACGCGAAACGAAUGGGUGAAGCUGUGGGAGGAGGUGGAGUACACGUGGCAUGCCGUGGGGCCAGCGGAGGACAGCCACCUGACGGAGUUGCAGAACGGCGGGGGCAGGCGGUACCCCGAGUGGCUGAGGGAAUACUUCAACUACAAGUUUAUGCUGCUCGACAUCGCUGGUGACGGGGUGCUGGACGAGGAGGAGUUCGUGUACAUCAUGACGCAACACGGCGCCUCCGACAACGACGCCAAGAAUGCCUGGUUCCUCAUGUGUAAGGGUCGUCGGGUGCUGGAGCAAGCGGGCUUUGAAGAGCUGUGCGAAGAGUUCUUCCUGAGCGACGACCCCACCUCGGCAGGCACCUACCUCGGGGCACGCCUCUACUUCCUACCCGGGGAGCAACGUGACGCCUCCCCUUGACCCUCGCGCCCCCUCAACACCCCCUCACCCUUCGACUCCAAGCCCCCUAUCCUCAAAUGUAUCGACGCCUCUGUCCGUCUGGUUGAAAAGCCUCUCGUAGCAGUUGUCGGGAUAUCCAUGAACUGUUUUGUGGUGCCAGUGAUAAUUUUACAUGUCUUAAUCCAUCUUGAAGGGGAAAAACACCAAGGAAAUCCCAGAUAUUCUUCGCUGUGGCCUUGGAAAAUAGUCGUAAGGGGAGCCCGAUACGUUUAAGAAUAAGGACGAUACAGAUGUUUAGCUUCCCUGGUUUCCUUCCUUGAUUGUUCAUGUAGCCACUCUAUUAGUCUAUGGUGAUUCUUAUCCUAUCAUUUUCAUUCGACAGUUAUCCCUCUUCCUAUUACCACUAUAUUUUUUCUCCUUUUGUCGUCUGUGUAAUGCUUUGACUCAUAUUUCCUAUCCUUGUAUUCUUUCGGUGGUCAUCUCGUCCCAUUGUCACUUUUUUACCUCUUUUGUCUACUAUGUAAUGCUUUGUCUCUUCCAUUAGUCAUAUUUCCUGCCCUUUUAUCUUUUGACGGUCAUCUCUCCCCUACUGUCCCUUUUUACCCCUUUUGUCCAUGGUGUAAUCCUUUGUUCUAUUCGCCUCAUGUUUCCUGUCCUUUUAUUUAUCUUCUUUUUUUCUUCUUGACGGUCCUCCUUCCACUAUUGUCCCUUUUUUGUUCCUUUCGUCCAUCAUGAAAUACUUUGUCCGUUCUGUUUGCCUCAUAUUUUCUAUCCCUCUGUUCUUUGUCACUACCAUUGCAACUGUCACUUCUUUCUGUCUAUUAUAAUUACCAUCUAUCAGUUUCCUUCUUUUGCGUGACCGCCCUCACACUCACUGCCUGUUACUCCUUCCCUCUCGCUUGCCCCGUGACCUCAUCUCCCCAGCACUCAAAGGAUGCUACUGAGAUUUGACUUCAAGGCCUUUUCUCUCUCUCUCUCUGCCUCUCCUCGUCUCUGUCCCAUUAACCCGUAUAUUUUCAGUCAUUCUUAUCCUAGUUUUCUCCUUCGCUUCUGUCAUCGCUAUUAUUGGUGCUGUCAUUUUGCUUUGUGUCUGUCUUAUUAGGUUUUGUUUGUUUCUUAAUUCUCUUGGCAUGACCGCUCUCACUAUGCCUCCUUGUCUUCCAGUACUGUUCCAUCUGCGUUUGUUCCCUUCUAAUCUCAUAAUUGCCAAGUCUUUGUCCCCUUCACCAUUCUAACAUUCACUUCCCUUCACCGCUCACUCACUAGUCACUCUCCUCCACCUUCCUCCUUCCCUCCUUCCUUCGUUCGUUCGUUCCUUCCUUCCUUCGUUCCUUCCUUCCGUCACUCUCACAAGUCUCAACUACCGCUGGCCUGAUUUUCACUUCUCCAUCCUUCCUGACUACCCGUGUUUUUUUUCUUCAUAUAUCCUUAAAAGACCAUCUCGUCCUUGGCCUUCCCUUCCUCGAUCCCUCUCAGUUACCACCCUCAUCAGUCUCCCUUCUCCCUCUUUCAUUUAAUUUCCACCGUCUUAAUUAUAGUACAUCACCUUCACCUGGAUCAUUUUCACUCUUCUAAACUAUCUUAUCUCACUCUCCUGUCUACCUAGCAAUCCUGUCAACCUUCUCUCCCCCUCCGUCAUCUCCCUUUUGCCGCCUGAACAACGUAUGCCUGUCUGUCUGUCUGUGUCUCCAUCAUCAUAAUCAUCAUCAUUUCACUCCUACGCUCCCCUUGGCCCUGUAUCACACGACUACUGUUCUCUCCUCCCACGGUUAUUUUCCAAGUUCACAAUCACUGACUCAUUCUCUUUCACCACUUGAGUUUCCGUGAAGAUUAUUUUUAACAGCUUACUCAUCCUAUUUUACUGAAACCUUCUGAAACUACUACUAACUUUUUUUCAUUAUUCUGUUUAGUCACACCUUCGUAUAUACUUAUUAAAGAGUGAGAUCCACUACUGAUAUUGUUAUUGUCAAUUGCUGUACGGCGGGGUUUAUUUAGGAAUUAUUGUAGCCUUGUAAUAAGUCUUACGCUUCUGUUUCGUAAAUAUCAAACACGAAUGUACUGCAGCCAGGCGAGCACGAUGACUGGCCUCUGCGGGAGUUGUGUUGCAAUACCGAUACACGAUGCACAUAACAGCCUUUUAUUAAGUGUUUGUCAUGGUGAAAAAUUACAUAUGAAUAUAUUUAAUUAAUAUUAAACGUGUGUACUAAGCGUAUUUUAUUUAUCUUAUAUUAACAUAAAAUAUAUGUUGGUAACGUGGAUCACAUUAUCACAUGGAAUGACUAUGGAACGACAACACUGUGGUAACGAGAACAGGAAAACGUGUAUUUUCCUAGUAACGAAGCAUCUAACAACGGAACCUAACGGCGGCUAUAAUAAUAAUAAUAAUAAUAAUAAUAAUAAUAAUAAUAAUAAUAAUAAUAAUAAUAAUAAUAAGCAGCAAUAAAUUCAUUACAUCAUUUUCUAUGAUUAAUGAGAGAAAGAACAAUCAGAAGUAAAGAAAAAAGGAAUAAAACUAGUCAUAAAGGAUGAAAUAAAUAAAAAUACCAAGAUAACACUAAACACACACCAAAAAUAAAAAUAAAAACAUGAAGGAGAAAACAUUAAAAAAAAAACUUGAACAAAACUAAAAAGCUAGAGAAUGUUAAUCAGCCAGGAAGUGUAACAGAGCGGCGCCAACACCACCCACCCUCCCACCCACCCCACACACACACGCAUCCACACCUGCAUCCCUCUACACACACCUGCAAGCCUAGUUCAACCACCUACAGACAGCGGCACACAUUACCACAGGACCUACCGCACCUUUCUCCGUCUAGCUCCCUCCCUCCCGGCGCUGCCAGGCACGCCAUACUGUUCUUCCCUCCCCUCCUGUCCCCUCUGUAUGUCUGUCUCAACGCUCGCCUAUAUGUAUGGCUGUCUGCUUGCCGUCUGUAUAUGUGUGAGUGUAUUGGGAGUGUGUGUGUGUGUGUGUGCGUGUGUGUGUGUGUGUCAAACGUAUAAGGGAGAGUGUAA